ACAACGUUAAACGUUCUUUUGAUGAAGCUGGUCAAAAAUGACGAGCGCGUAAGUCGUGUGCCGUCGGUGACUAUCAAACAUGGACGAGACUCGAUGACUAAAUGUAUGUUUUGGAGUUGACCUUUGACCGGUCACCUGGUACACCUCGCUCGUCGCGCAAGUAAACGUCACAUUCCGCUCCUAAAAUGAGGUGGUUAGAUCUGUUUGGUCGUGUUAAAUCAGUCGUCAUUGGAAUGGUCCACGUGAGAGCUCUGCCAGGUUCUCCUCUGAGUCAGAUGAGUGUCUCCCAAAUAAUAGAGGAAGCUUGCAAGGAGGCGGCAAUCUACCGUGACGCCGGGGUGGACGGCGUCAUGAUUGAGAACAUGCACGACGUGCCGUACACCGUCUCGGUGGGUCCGGAGGUCUGUGCCAGCAUGACGGCGGUGUGCGCCGCCGUGAGAAGCACGUGUCCGUCACUGCCUCUGGGGGUUCAGAUCCUGGCCUCUGCCAACCAGCAUGCCCUGGCGGUGGCUCUGGCCUCAGGUCUGGACUUCAUCCGAGCUGAGGGUUUCGUGUUCUCUCACGUUGCCGAUGAAGGCCUCCUCAAUGCGUGUGCUGGAGAUUUGCUCCGAUAUCGCAGGAGGAUCGGAGCGGAGCAUGUGCAGAUCUUCACCGACAUCAAAAAGAAACACAGCUCUCACGCCAUGACAGCAGACGUGAGCGUCGUGGAGACGGCUCAGGCGGCAGAGUUCUUCCUCUCUGACGGCGUCAUCAUCACUGGGACGGCGACCGGGCUGCAGGCCGACGUCUGUGAGCUCAGAGAUGUUUCCCAGUCAGUCCGGAUCCCAGUGCUCGUUGGUUCCGGAGUGACCCACGACAACGUAGAUCGGUACCUGGAAGCAAGUGGCGUGAUCGUGGGGUCUCACUUCAAGAAGGACGGCCAGUGGACCAACGCCGUGGACCCGGAACGUGUGAAGCGCUUCAUGGGGAGAGUUCACCAUCUCCGUCAAUGAACAAACUGAAAU